UGUUAUUUGAACAAUUGAAAUCUGGAAUGGUUUAAAAAAUCCUUCAGUCGUAAAUGUUCAUUAAAUUAAUGAGAGCUUAAAAUUGUCAAUAAUUUAUUUACUCUUUAGUUGGACUUGUUGGCUCGUGACAUUUAAUUCGUUAUCGUUAUCUACUUGCUGAUCACAACCACGGAUCAGAAAACACCGUCGAAGUCGAAGAAAUCUCAAAAUUAAUUCUCAUAUUGGAAAUUUUGAAUAUUGGUUACGGAAUAAAAUAUAAACAAUACGUCAUAUAAAUUGAACUUAUGAUCAAGAUAUUAGGCUAAGCACAAUGGAUCAUUUACAACAAGGUUGGUUUACUGAGUCUGAAACAUGGCCAGGUGCUGGACUUUCAUUACAAGUAGACAAGGUGCUUCAUAAAGAAAAAUCCCAGUAUCAAGAUAUUAUGAUAUUGCAAACCAAAUCGUUUGGAAAAGCUUUGAUAUUGGAUAAUAUAAUCCAAUGUACAGAGUUUGAUGAGUUUUCAUACCAAGAAAUGAUAAGUUUUUUACCACUUUGUAGCCAUCCUAAUCCAGAAAGAGUUCUGGUAGUGGGUGGUGGUGAUGGUGGUGUUGCACGUGAAGCUGUUAAGCAUCCUAAAGUUCUUAGUGUUGAUGUUGUUGAAAUUGAUGAACGAGUAGUGAAACUUUCAGAACAAUAUUUACCAUUUAUGGCUUGUGGAUUUAAACACGACAAGGUUACACUGCAUAUUGAAGAUGGGUUUGAGUUUAUGCAAAACAAUGUCCAACGAUUUGACAUCAUUAUUACAGACUCUUCAGACCCUGUUGGCCCAAAUGAGUCAUUAUUUCAGAAAACUUAUAUUGAAUCAUUGAAAAGAUCUUUAAAACCUGGUGGUAUUAUAUGUUCCCAAGUUGGAUCAAUUUGGAUUAAAGAAGAUCAGGAUACAAUGACCAGAUUGUCUAAAGACUGUUCAGCUAACUUUAAAAAGGUCACUCUAGCCACCAUAUCUAUUCCAUCUUAUCCGACUGGAAACAUCAGUUUCAUUUUAGCUACAGACAAUGAGUUAGUAAAUUUCAAAGUACCAGCAUAUAGUUUUACACUUGAAGAACUAAAUAAACACAAACUCAAGCAUUACUCACCAGAUGUACAUUCUUCUUCAUUUAGUAUUCCUAGAUUUGCUCGUAUGAUUAUUCCACAUAUUAAUUGUUAAUAUUGUUUUAUUUUUUCAAUAUUACCACAUUUAUAGACUUAAUUUUGUGUAAUGCUACUUUAUUGUUAUGCUUGCAAUUAAAUCACCUAUUAAAGUAAUUUAAUAUUUAUUGUACAACAUUAAAGUAUUAAAUUAUAGGAGCUUUUAGUUUUUUUAAUUGCAUUGUUAUUCUA